AUGUGGAUCUUGGACUCGGCUGGGGAUUUUCUGAACGGGAAGCGGUUAUGGCUGCGUCCCGGCAAGCAGUAUCUCUUCGGGCGCACACUGGUGGAUGACGUGCGCCAUGCCAUUCCAAACAAAUCGAUCUCCCGGAAGCAUAUGCUUAUCGAAGUGUCCAAUGUCGAGCCCCGCGAUGGAACCCGGACACAUGCGAGGACAAACGUGUCCAUUACGGAUCUCGGCUCCAGUCGAGGCACAGUGGUAAAUGGCGAAAGGAUACAAGGGAAGAUCACACUUAACGGAGACGAGCACAGCAUCAUGCUUGGACACUAUCCACAUGCCUUGCGAAUCAAAUGGCAGCCUGUAGUUCUCAGCUUCUCAUUUUCGUCCAAGGAGAUGAGUGCAGAAGACCCUUUGGCCAAAGUCCGCGGUCGUUUGGAGAGUCUCGACAUCAAAACUAUCAUCCCCUACCUUGUCGGCCAGACCACCCAUGUCGUGCAGAGCAAACGAAAUACGGCGAAGGGGCUCCAAGCCCUGAUCAACGGCAAAUACAUUGUCCAAAACUCAUAUAUCGAUGCACUCGUCUAUGCGACUACUCCUACUGACCUCGAGAAUGAUGCCUCCGCGUCUCCGCUGGAACUCGAUUUUGACUCGGCCUGGCCAGAUCCAACAGAGCACCUUCCACCCGCUGGGAACGAGCCAAUCAGCCGACCAGCUGCAGCCUUCGCUCCUAAUCCGUCGCGUGUAAAUGUUUUCGAAGGGUAUACGUUUGUCUUCGGAGACCCCUCUCAAUUCGAGAACCUACAAGCGGCAAUCAAUAACGGGCAGGGGAAGGCUCUUCUUUACCAGAUCAAAGAUGGGGAGACAACGGCGGAUGAGUUAAUACGAUUCAUGAGAUCAGCAGCUGGCAAUAAAGGUGUCGGUGCAGAGAGGGACGAACCCGGCGGUGUUGUGCUUGUCCGAUUCCGCUCCAAAGGCCAGUUUGAGCCCUGGUCUAUCGAUUUGGGCAACGAAGUCGCCUUGGCGACGGACCAGCGAGUCAUCGAGCAACGCGAGUUCCUGGAUGCCAUUUUGGGCAAUGAUGCCUCUCCGCUCUGUCGUUCCCUUCCUCGCGAAGAAGGAGAAAGUCAGGCGGCCACAUCAGCUGCGGCCGAAGAGCCGUCGAGAAAGGCUCCUGCUAAUCCCCCUCUCCCAAUCUCGUUGGCAUCUGAAGGAGCAUCCCUAGUCAUGGUCCACAAGCCAGCUUCAAAGGCACGCAAGUAUGUCAGCAAGAUGAAGACUUUCGAUGAUGGCUUUGACAUGGAAUCCGUACCGGUCUAUACGCCUGAUGAUGAUGUCCAAGAUCCAACGGCUACCCAGGCCAUGGACCUCGAGCCCAUACAACCCAACGAACCCAACCAAGCUCUUAGCACAGUGGAAGAACAGGAGGAAAAUGAUACCGUUGCAGAUUUACUGCCUGGUGCACGAGCAAUGAAGCGCCGCCGUGCAGAGAUGGGCGAGGAUCGAUCGGGAAGCCUCGAUAAAAACAUGAAGACGGAAGCUCCUCCCAAGCCGAAACGCGCAAAGUUGGAUGUGAGAGAAGCUGCACGCAAACACCGAGAAGAGGAAGAGGAGGAGCAACUACGACAGGCAGAAGAAGAUCGUCACCUGUCGCAGGAUCUGGAUGUUGAGAAAUUGAGGAACCUUGCCAUUGUCGAAGAGAUGGACAUCCCUGUCCGGGAACCCGUUUUACGACAGGACGAAGGCUCCGAUCGAUGGGACGACCGUUGGAACGGCCGCAAAAACUUCAAGCGAUUCCGACGAAAGGGAGAGCCACUCCAUGCUCGCCAGCGCAUUCAAAGUGUGAUCGUUCCGCUGGAAGAGGUAACUCGCAAGGACUUCGGCAUCGGAGAACACUACUGGGUUAGCACCCAUAAGACCCCCGCGGUGAGCCAGAGUACCGACCGGGAGAGCCGACAAGUAAGGCAAGCCUCCAGCCGGGAAGAUCGGGCCGUCUCGCGAUCUGAAGUCUCGAUCCAGCCUUCAGCGACUCCGGACCCGACCCCUGACUCACUGGAAUCGGCCCCGUCUCGCAGCCGCACUAUGAAGCGGCCACGAGAGACUCGGGAUUCAGAUAGUGAUGAGGAGCCUCGCUUCAGCUUCAGGCGCAAACGGUAG